AUGCCUUCCUCUGCCCCCUUAAUCCGCUCCAAGGCCAAUGCCCACAAGCCGGAGGCCCCAAUUAGCUAUGACAUCAACAUCCCCUACGUCGAUGUGGACAAGCAGUCCAAGGUCAGCACGCCCUACCCUCAGUACCUACCAACCUGGGAUCCAAUGUGGUUCAACCCACUGCCGCCAUUCGACUACCAUGACCCGGCCCUGCGCGUCAAGGACCGUUCCAAGCGGAACCUCCUGGGCCCGGAUGCCAAAGUCAACCACAUCCAGCCGAGCAUCGGCUCCGUCGUCGAAGGCGUCCAGCUAAGCACGCUCUCCGACGCCGCCAAGGACGAGCUCGCCUUGCUCAUCUCCGAGCGCAAGGUCGUCGCCUUCCCGGACCAGGACCUGAUCGAUGCCGGCCCCGAAGAACAGGAACGCUUCAUGCGCUACUUUGGUAAACCAAACUACCAGCCUGUUUCGGGCACCGUCCGCAAUCACCCUGCCUUCCACGUUAUCCAUCGCGACGGCAACCGCGAUGAAAUUGAGCGCUUCCUCUCCCAGCGCACGACCACCACCCUCUGGCACCAGGACGUUUCUUACGAGAUCCAACCUCCGGGCUAUGUCAUGCUCGGCCUCCUCCAAGGCCCAGAAGUAGGCGGAGAUACCGUCUUCGCCGCAACGGACAUGGCAUACAAGCGCCUCAGUCCAACACUGCAAGCCUUCCUCGAUACGCUAAAAGUCGUGCACUCUUCCGCCAAAAUGAUCAACCACACCCGGCUCACCGGUGGUCUGGUCCGGAAAGAUCCCGUCGACACCGUCCACCCGCUGAUUCGGGUGCAUCCUGUUACCGGCGAGAAAUGUCUGUUCUUGAACGCCGAGUUUAUCACCCGUAUCCAGGGCAUGAAGGAACCGGAGACGAAGUGGAUGACGGAUUUCUUGAUGAACCAUAUUAUUACCGGCCAUGACUUCCAGGCCAGAGUGCGUUGGCAGCCUAGGACUAUUGUGAUGUUUGAUAACCGGUCUACCACCCACUCUGCUAUCGUCGACUACCUCGAUGAAGAAUACGGCGCCAAGGCGCGGCAUAUCUUCCGCCUCAUUGCGCUCGGCGAGAAGCCGAUUCCCGUGUAUGACGAGUUCGAGUAA